AUGCGUGACCCUAUUUCGCUGUGGUUAAUGAUCAUGAUGCGUGCAGCCUACACGAGAGUAAACGCCCAGGUCUCAAAACUUCAUCGAUACAGCCCGAUCGAAAAGUCAAGAGUGGAAUUAUUAGAUAUACGAAAGCGGCGAGUCGAGAUACUUUCAGUUACUUGCGCUUGCAUUAUUCGGCAGCUCCUUGAGUCGUACGAUAAAAUAGACAGUAGAUGGUCUCAUGCAGAGCGUACACUUGAAGCUCACAUCUAG